CGAUUUCUAUAAUUCCAGAUUUUACUCGGUGUGAUAGUGAUAGAGAUUGUAUCGAAUCCUCGAUUUGAUUUCUUUAAUAGGGCCCAUUGACUGCAUGUGUGAAUUGGUGGAGACGUUGACGGAACGUGGACGUUCUUUUCCGUAAUGUUCUAUGUGUAUCGCACAUUAAUACGAAUUGAUUCAUUUGAUGAAAAUACAAACUGCUUCACAGUAGUGAGCAAUGCAUCGUAAACGAUGCUUCCCAGCGGAUUUGGAACCGCACCCACUUCAUUACGCCGCCCUGAGGGGACAAUUGGACCGACUUCAAGAGCUGAUUUCUGCCGGUGGUAACUAUUUGCAGCCAAUUCAAGACGGUGAAACGCCACUCCACGUGGCAAUUUCCAAAGGCCAAACGCAAGUAGCAGAAUUACUUAUAAAGGAAAUGCACAAAGAUUUCGAAUGCGCUAGAGAGUUUAUGUUCCGUAAAGUUUAUGGUGAGUUAUAUGAUGGAUUCGAGUUGAGCAAUUGUAUUUUGGUGGCAGUUAGUAAGACCCAGUGUAAACUAGCGAAAUAAUGGGAACAGGCCCAUUUCCUUAAUAGGAACGAUGAAACAGUUUUGGUUCUGUUAAGACAUCCUGUGGGAGGAGAAAAAGUUGCUUAUUUACAAUGUAGAGAUGCAAAAUUACAGUUUUUCAAACUGCUAAAGGAAUUCCUGCCAAAUGGAGUGCUCUCCUGGAACAGUACAGGUCUGAAAGGUAAUUGCGAAACGCUACUUCAACUAGCUGCUUACUACGGCAAUGUGGAGCUGCUAGAACUUCUCCUAAGAGAAGGAGCAAAACUUUCAUUUCCCGGGACAAAUGGACGAAACGCUUUCCACGCGGCUUGCGAAGCUUCCCAGCACCAAGUAAUCGAGUUACUUUUGCGCAAGUAUAUUAACAAGUUUGAUCCAACAUCUUUGGACCAUAGCUACCAGCAUGGACUGCAUUACAUCUUGGGACGGAAGAGUAGAAAAAGUUUUAAAAUUACUCUAGAUGCCAUGGUCCUCUAUCGACAGUUGCUUCACAAUGAAACUGCAUCUGAAGCGUUCAAUUACCUGUUCAAGUUAGAGAAUAAAGAUUGGCCUCACACCAGUAUAUGGAGUCAAAUUGACAUGGCUUUCUGGGGCCGAGAUGUGGAACAGGCGCUGGAGUUCUACCAGUAUGAUCUAUCCUAUCAAUGGGAAGAGGUCACGGUGCUGAUUGAAAUGGUUACCUACAAGAAAGCUAAACGUUUCUACUUGACGGAGAUUCGCCGCAGGCCGGAACUUUUGGAAAUUUCGACACGCAACGGAGUCACCACGCUACAUGCACUGAUUUGCAGCAAUGAGUUGGAACUGGUCAGAGAACUGUACUUCGAGCGCCGGACGAAAGUACGUUCCAUAUUUGAACAAGAGGCUGCGAUUCAGACCCUUCUAACGCUCAUGCAAAACAAUUUCCUGGAGAUGUUGGAAUUCAUUGCAAGCGAGCACUGUCAUUUCUUCCGUGCAAAUGCAUCCCAAAUCGAGGAAAAUAUCAUAUCAGAGUAUUGCAAAUGCAACUACGAGACAGUAUUUGGCGUUUUAGUGAAGUAUAUACCGGAAUUGGAGUUCAACGUUGAGAGCAGAAAUAUUGCUCUACACAGUAUCUGGAAGAAAAAUGAUUACGACGAAGUAUAUGAAAAAUUGAACAGCGAUUUCUCACUUACUCUUGCCGAGCUAGGAAGGGCUGGUAAAUCCCUCAAAGAUUACUAUGGUAGAAGCUGUUUUCUAAACGACGCUAUCGGCGAGGAUCGACUGACACUCGUGGCUCAACUGCUAGAUGCCGGUGUUGAUUUUGAUCAUCUCGAUGGCGAAGGCCGACAUGUAAUACAUUUUGUGAGAACCGUCGAAAUGCUAAACCUACUCGUCGCAAGACAUCCAGAAGGACGAUUGCUGGUGAAUCGCAAGGAUUAUAAUGGGUUUAAUCUACUUCAUAUUUUAUGUGCCGGCACAAUGAAUGGAAAAGUCGAACUCAUCGUAGAACUGCUGAAAUGUGGGGCAAGUAUCGACGAUCGAACCGCUGAACAAGCAACCGUGCUGUUCUACACUUACGAGGAGGAUCUUUUCAAGUUUUUCACCCAGGACAUCAAAUCGUUGGGAUUCAGCACUAUCAGCGUAGAUGUGAGGGACCACGUAGGUGAUACAGCCCUCCAUCGACACUUACGGCAUUUAAACAGUCAGAUUGCUUCGACAAUGCUCCGCAACGCCGCCAGUUUUGUCAGUUUUAACAACAGCGGAGAUUCUUACCUAAGCUACCUCAUCCGGAUUGAACCGGGCAUUUUCCAGAACGUAUUCAAGCCGAUACUGGAGGCGAACCCAGAUAAAACAAAUGAAAUGUUCGAACAAGAGUUUCGCACAUCGCGAUACAGAGCAUCGGUAUUGUUCGUAAAAGCUUGUGCUGCACUCAAUAUUUAUUGCAUUGAACGGUUGCUGCUGUUGGAUCUUGAUUUUAAUGCCCGAGAUCAUAACGGAAUGACUGCGCUUCUAACACUACUGAGUGGUAAUGAGCUACCAGAUCCAGCACUAAUACUGAAGCUUCUGGAAAAAGAUAUCGACGUUAAUCUACGCCGCCCAGAUGGACAAAGCCCACUAAUGCUUGUUAUUCGAAACUACACAAGAGCAAAAGACAAAGGUUAUACCACAGAGAUGAUCCAAAUUUUCCUGGAAAAAGAUGCGAAUUUUGAUGAAACUGAUUGUAACGGAGAUUCGGUGUUGCAUCACGCCUUCAGAACGGCCGAAAUGGAUUUGGUUGAAAUUAUCCUGGAGAACACUGUGAAGGUGAAAGCUGUUUACCCAUCUGGGAUGGCUCCCCUAUGAGGAAGCCCCUGAAGUAAUUUCUAAUUUAUUUUCAUUCCUGAAAAAAACCGAGUUCGUGACAAUUGAUGGAGAGUAUUUUUCCUUUGUGUUGUUAAUUAAUUUGCAAUUGAUAUUUUUCUACAAUGUAUCGAAUAAAGCUUAGAUCAUUCAGA